AUGAAUAGAUUAGAUCGCGAGGAAGAACGUCAUGAAGAAGCAAAAUUACGACGUGCACCUCAAGAAAAAGAGGAGAAAGAACCCGAGGCUCUCACCGAAGCUGCUCAAGCUAUGCUGGCAGCCAAGAAGCGUCAUGAGGAAGAGGAAGAGGCUCGAAUGGCCGAAUAUUAUGAGAAGAGACGAAUAGAAAAGGAGGAAGUAGAGGAGGAGCUGAGGGUUCUGAAGGAAAAACAACAAAGACGACGUGAAGAACGCGAGGAAGAGGAACGAGAGUUUGCGGCCAAAAUGCGUGAAGUUGAGGAACGAAAUAGACGAGAAGAGGAUGAGAGACGACGUCGCCGUGAAGCAGAGAAGCAAAAGAAGGAGGAGGAACGAAGAAAGAAAGAGGAAGUGAGCGGGUCAUUCAUUGGUGCAUCUAGUGGCACUCCCAAUUAUACGGUAUCACGCCAAAGGCCGGGCGAGGAGAAGACGACCAUGUCGGCUACUGCCCAAGCUGAAUUGGAGAAACAACAACGAGAAGAAGCGAAAAAAGCGUUCAUGAUCGCAAUCAGAAAGAAACCCGAUCUUACGUCACUUAUGGUGAACGAUCUGAAAGCGCAGAUUCAAACGUUGUAUCAACGGAUUGUGCGUUCAGAGGGUGACAAGUACGAUUUGGAGAAGAGACAUGAACGACUUGAGUAUGACUUGAAAGAAUUGAAAGAAAGACAAAUUCAAAUGAUACGUCAUAAAGCGCAAAAGAUGGGAUUGGAUCCUGAUGAAGCCUCUCUUCAUCCGGUAAGNAAAGACAAAUUCAAAUGA